AUGGCAAGCGAAUCGCCUGGUCGAGAUGUGGAUCCGACCGCAUCAUACCAUCCGAAGAAGCGAGCGAAAUACACUCAGAUCGCUUGCAAUGAGUGUAAACGGCGCAAGAUCAAGUGUAGCGGGGGCUCUACAUGUUCACGCUGUGCCCGUGGCAAAAUCCCGUGCAUUUAUCCCACGGAUCGCACGCCAAUCCAAGAGACCGAGUUCAAAGAUGCGCGCGUCGGCCCCAGAUUUGACUCCGUUGAUCGGCAAUUGGAGAGGCUUCAGCGGGAAAUGCGGAGUAUAUCUACUCGACUGCGAGAGUUAGAGGCUUCCAGUCCGGGAUCGUCAAGACCUGCAAAGACAUCUACUCCAAGGGAGUUGGAUCGUAUUCUGAACGCCCCGAAGUCACCACCGUAUGUUGGGCCAACUAGUGCGGAGUUUGGACUUCGACGACAGAGGGCUUCGUCGAGAAACCCUGCUAGUGAUGAGGCCGAUGAGGACAUGCCCUUGUCUACGCCAACUCGGAGUCCCACUCCAGACGGGACUGCUUCGCAUGCAGGGAGUGGUAUCCGCCUCGGUCUUGAUGAUGCCCUUCGCCUAGUACAGGUGUAUGAAGAUCUUGUUGGAGUUAUGUAUCCCUGUGUGGAUAUAGAUGGUGUUCGUGGCUAUGUGCACGAGUACUAUCGCUCCCACGAUACGAUACUUACCGAUGCGACUGACUCGCUAGAUAAAGCUUCGACAGACCAGGAUUGGUUCUUUGCUCGGGAUAUCCAGGUGUUGAAAUUGAUUCUCGCAACUGCCCUGCUAGCGGAGUCCCAUGGCCGCAGUGAAGCUGCUGCGCAGCUUGCGGAUAGUGUUGAAGACCGGUUUGCCAGCCGGUUCAAGGUUGCUGAGGUGGAUAUGAAAGAGAUAUUGAUCAUGACAUUGCUGUCAAUUUUCCACUCGUAUCGAGACGAUGAGGUCAUCUCCUGGCGUAUGAUUCGCAUCGCGACAAGUGCCUGCAUGGAACUGGGCCUCCAUCGACAGGAAACUUGGCAGCGGACAGGAGGUGUCUUCCCCGGUGAGCUAGCCUGGACUUGGGCGAUGCGGCUCUUCUGGUGCAUCUACGUACUCGAUCGAAAGUGGUCAUUUGGCAGUGGACUUCCUUUCGGCAUCCAGGACAUGGAUAUGGAUACCAAUCUCCCCGAGCCGGGACACUCUACCCCAUACUUGACAUGCAUGAUCUCGUACGCGCGGUUGAGCACCAAGAUCUGGGGCUUGGUCAUGGAGUGGCCCAAACACUCGCGUCUAGCAACCGCCGAUAAAUGCGCCGAGUUGGAUGCACAGGUGCAGCAAUGGAUUUGGUCGAUUCCUCGCGAGCUACGCUUCGACCCGAAUCGGCAAGCUGGCUUGCUUGCCAGAACCGAACAAUCACAGCAAAAUGAUCGUGCGAUGAUGCUGCAGGUCUUGCUCGCAUUGCAGGGAAACCAGCUUCGGAUCCUAGUAUAUCGGCAAAAUCUACAAAGCAGUGAACACAUCGCCGGAGACGUUGCUGGAGCGACUAUCGCUGUUGAAACGGCGAAGAGCACAAUCCACAUGUUGGAAUAUUUCAGCGGUGUGACAAAUAUCUACUUUCAACGUCCGGAGCCGUUCAACUAUUUCUUGAUCUCUGCGUUAGCUGCUCUUCUCUUGGCAGUCCUGCACGCCCCGAGUCGCUUCAGUCACGUCUGCCGGCCAGAGUUCUAUACAGCUAUAGAGCUUGUGCGUCGUUCAGCGACUCGUGCUCGAACAUCGCGGCGCUUGCAGAAGAUCAUCCGCAGUCUGAAACAUAUUCAGUUACACAAGGGAGGCCCAGAUCAUCAAACGGGCUCUCAUGGUCGUCCGGCAAAACCACGGACUCGGGGUACCAAAAGAGCUGCAGAUUACCACCCACACCCAGCAACACAGACAGAUUCGACGACUUCCCGCGGUCCGUGGGAUAUCAAUUCCCUCUCAACUCCAGUAUCACAGCCUACAUCGAAUCUCCAUCCGAACCAACACUACGACACAUCAACGACUCCAUGGCAAAUAUCCCCCGGGGUGAUAGACGAGUCUAACAUCUGCGAAGAUCUGAGCAGCUUCUUCGAGAAUGCCGGUGAUCUCUAUUUCGAUUCUCAUGCAACUUCGGACCUACACUUGCCCACCGGACCGGAUUUGUCAUUAGCCAGGGGGUAG